ACAGGCUCAAUGUCAGUUGAUCAUUCAACUUGUGCAGAUCGUUUAUUGAGAGCAACUUUUAAUUAAAUAUAUUAUACUAAAUGAAAAUGGUAUUUUGUAAAUUAAAUUGCAAUUUAGUUAUCGCAUUAAUGUUGGCUGGCUUACUAACAAUCGAAGCCCGCCCACAACAAAAUGACUACGAAGACUUGUACCCAGUUGACGGAUUUUCAUUCGAUGGACCAGCAGAUCGUACAAAUCCGAAUUUCAAUGACGUAAAUAAUGUGCGUCCACCACGUCCAGUGACGUCAACAAAUUCGCCAUCGUCUGUAUCAACGACGAUGUCUCCUGCUAUGACCACGUGCACGCAAAACUGUCUUGCAACAUCGGAAUUCAAUCCAGUUUGCGGCACAGAUGGUGUGGUUUACAGUAAUCCCGGACGACUUGGAUGUGCACGAAGAUGUGGUAAAGACGUAUCGUUUUCUUACUAUGGGCCUUGUACUACAAGUCCUGCUCGAGGUUAAGACAUUUAAAAAUUUACAAAUAAUUAUUAUUUUUAACACUUACUAUAAAUAAAUAUAAGUUAUUUUAUGUUAUAUUUUUAUUUUUUGAAAUAAAGUACGCUAAGAACGAUUUA